UCGAUUGAAAAUUCCUUCCACAUUAUCAUUCCGGUACCUCUGUCAAAACCUGGUGAUUCAUACAGCUUUACUUUUCUCAAUGCUACGUGUAGAGAUCUCAAUUUCAACAUUCAGGGCCAUCGUCGAGAGGUCGACUUUGCCAUAACCUACUGGCUUGUUUUUUUAAAGUACUAUGACCGCGCUAUGGAAUACGUUUCCUUGUACACGAGCAUUUCGUUCGAACUAACUGCAGUUGAAUCGCUUAUUUUGCGAAAUAUCCUUGAAAUCAAAUAUCGUGAUCUCGAAUAUCUUGUGAUAGAAGCCUGGGCAAACCAUUUCCUUGGUGAACAUGACAUCUUUUUUAAGGGCUUUUUGGAUGAAACCAAUAGGAUUGAAAAGAUUACCAACAUUUCAAACUUGAUUCCCGUUAUUCCAUUCAACUAUAAAAGAAGCCUUUUCUCUUUUCUUCCUAACAUCGGUGAAGAUAAAUAUCUUUGGGCAUAUUCUAACAAGCUGAAAAUCGGGUCUAGUAUUGGAAAACCGGCAGAAAUAGAACUAAAUAUCUUCGAUCUUGAAAGUGAUAUCAAAUCUCUUCGCUCUAAAUCAUUUUGCCAUAUUUUGCCCAAAUUACGGCUUGUCCACUGGAGAAAAUUUAAAAUUUUUGAUUUUUUGAACAGUAUCUGUUUUCUAUAUGACCUAGCUGAAUCAUCUAAAGAUUUACCCGAUUUUGUAGACAAAUUAAAUUUUCUCUAUCUCAACUAUAUCCGAUUUUAUCUUGAAAUGGACAAUAAGAGCAACGAUUACAAAUUUUCUUCCCUGUGUUAUGUUAUCUUCAUGGUUUUCAACACCCUCAGUGAUAAGGAAAACCUCUCAACUUUUCUUUCUGAAUUGCAAAAAAGAAGUUUUCCUUACGAACUGCUGAGAAUUUAUAAAAAAUACAUGGAAUUGCAGUCAUUUUUUCCCUAUCAAAAAUCGAUUAAGAUUUCUCGAAAACUCCCAUCGCCUUCCCCAGAGUAUGAAAAUUUCUUAAACAUAACCAUGCAAAGGAAAGCUCUUUCAUCUAAUCUUUUCGAGGCAAAUGCGAGGUUUACCUUCUUUAGUGAUGCUGCUUCACUUGAAGAGAAAUUGAAAUCAAUGGUGUCCACUCAUGAACUUCUUUCUGGGUUUCCCCUAAGUGCCUUAAAAGACCCCAAGCUUCUUGCCCAAAUACUGCUCUGCGGGUCGAUUGAAGAACUCCGGGCAUUUUUCACUGUCAGUGCUGAAAAGACCCCAGAGUUGCUUGAUCUUUUAUGGUCCCAUUUCAUCAGAUUCUUUUAUUGCGAGUGUUGUCAUUUGAAAAACACUACUUUUUGCCAAACUUGGGUUCAGAAAAAAGAACCCUCUACUCAACAAAAAGGAGACGUGCCCGAUCAACAAUUAGUGGUCACGGUUCAUCAAAAAGUUUUGAUUCUGAUCGAGUUUUUCACAAAAUAUCCGUUGUAUGAAGAACAGAAGACCAUUAUGUCCACCAUUUUAGACAAAAUGAUUCCCGGAGGGUCGUAUGUCGUGCAACAAGGAAUGGCUGGCGGAAAGACCACGCGUUUCGGUCCCGCUGCCGCAAUCAUAGCAACGUCGAUUUUGAGGAAACUGCCGAUCUUCAUCUUUCCCAAUUCCAUCCUGAACCAGAACAUUUUGCAGCUGCAGCAAUGGCUUUUUGACUUUUUCGGCAAAAGCGUUUUCGAGUUCAAAGUAGAACGAUCGCCUUACGGGUACAGCGAGUCGUAUUUGCGCUAUCUGUACUAUCGCCUUGCAAUGGCGCAUCAUCGUGGAGAUGCAUUCGUGUCUUCGAUAAACAGCAUCCAAUGCCUUUUGAAUGCUAUCAAGGAACUGUAUUUGCAAAACACGCAAGCGUCAAGAAGAUCUUUUGCUUGGGUUGUGAGGAUCUUGUAUUUCAUCAAGUACUACUCAAUAUUUGUGCUUGACGAAGCGGAUGAAAUCAUGGAUGCUUCCAUUCUGUACAACUUUGAGACUAAAGAGCCCGAUGAAAAGGACUGGAAUGUCAUUAAUUUGCUUAUUGAGUGCUUCCUGUAUUUGAGAGACAAAAAGGAGUUUGAAUCGCAAACAGGAGAAAAGAUCACCAUUUUCGAAAUCAAGGAGCCUCUUACGCCAUCUACUGUGGGCCCUUUCAAACAGAUAUUAAACAAGGAGCUCAAUGAUAUUUUGUCAAAAGCCAGCAAUGAAACUCGUGCGUUCAUCGUUGAUAAUCUUUUUGUCAAUUGUUGGGAAAAGAUCCGCAAUGUGGGGUAUGGAGCAUCCAUGGAAUCCCCGUUUCCAUAUCCCAUUCCAUAUUCGAUGGCAAAUACACCAAGAGAGGGCAGCAGCUUUGGAAACAAACUGUUCAUCAUUGCCAUUUCGCUCAAGUUUUACCUUGAAACCGAGAUGAAAGAUCUCAGCGAGCCUCCUUUGUUCUUCACAAAAGAAAAUAUCUAUUCCAUUCUGGAGCUUUUUGAUUAUGACCCAGAAGAAAUAAUGCAGAGGACACCAAAACUAUCUCAUUUGGAGCUCUUCAACUAUUUAAGGGACAGGAUCUAUGAAAAUGACGAAAAUCUCAAGACCUUUUUGAGGGAUGUAGUAAUCGAAGGCAUCAAGACAUCUCCUCAUCAGAUCGUAUCAUCUGCCAUUGAAUUUAUUUUGUCUUGCACUCAGGUCCUUGCAUACAGCGGUACUUUAUUC